CCUGAACGCAGAAGAAGACACGGUGGACGGUUCUUGUGUUUGCAGCAGUGGCUAGAGAACCUCGACAUAAACCCAAUAAGAAGCCACACAGCUUUUCACACUGUGAAUGAUGACUUGAUGACUUUUCACACACACUGUGUUUCUCUUGUACAUGUGAUGUGAAUGUGGCAGUGCAGAGACUGUGGAAUAGAAGAGAGCAGUAGGUACACAAUGGCCAAGACAGUCAAGUUGAGGAUCAUCCUUGGUGAAAAUGAUGCCAGGAAACUAAUUUUGCCCUCAGGGUUUCCAGACUCAGUAGAAGAAUUGUGCCAGAUCAUCCAGACGAAUUUUGGAUUACAAGGAGACAUACGACUUCAGUAUCAGGAUUCAGAUUUUGGAAAUGACUUCAUUAACUUGUCAGAAAUGUCAGAAAUAGAAGACAAAGCAACCAUUAAAGUGAUCUUCAUGCAAAAUGAUACAGAAAGAGAGGACACAGAAAUAAUACACACCAAAGAACACCGGGGCCUGCUAGAUUCCUCAUCAGUCUCCUCUGUCGACACAGAUUCAGAUACACUGCCUUUUUCUUCCCCGGAUUCUGCUGAUUCAACGCGAUCAACAAGGUCGUCAACCUGGCCAAGUGUUUUCACAAUCCCUGUUUUCAGCUAUGAUGCUGAAAUUCAGCUGGAGAAGGCCAAUGCUGAGUAUAGUGCAAAUGGAACUAGCUUCAGCCUCCCACCCAAACUCAAAUCACACAUUUUGGAACGACUGGGAGAUGAGAUCUUAAAAUUCAAAGCUUACCCAACUGAUAAUGAUCUGAAUGAUGUUGCAGAAGCCCUAGUGAAAAGGCAUCCGUGCCUGUGGGAAAAGGGAUCAUUUAAUGGAUGUUAUGGGUGGAAAAUUAGCCUUAAAUAUAAAAUGGCCAAUUUUCGGACCAAGCUCAGAGCCCUGGGAUGUCCAGAGGUGACAGUAAAUUCACUGAAGAACAAACCUCAAGCCUUGGCAGCACUGAAUGUCAAGAAACCAAAAAGAGCAGAAGUGAACUAUUGUCCACAGCAUCCAAAGGGAGAAACAACUGAAAGCCUUGAAAAGGAGAGAGUUGCACUGCUCUCGGAGAUCAAGAAGCGAAACAAUGACCAGGUAGUGACAGAGAAAAUGGAGAAGACCUUCUCGUACCGAAGGCAUGAAAUUAUCCAAGGCGAACCUCUGGUUGCAGACUUCAAAAGCAGGUGGCCAGCCCUUUUCACUGUGACAGAGAUCAGUAGAGAGUUCAUGCGCAUAUCCACUGUGCCUUUGCUGCCAAAGUUCUUUGCUGCCCUUGACCAGCACUCGACACGCCUGAUGGAAAUUUAUCAGCACAAAGGUGGAGUGGUUGGGAAGAAAAUCAAAAGUCUCAUGGUACCCAUCUCUCAGAAUGACACCAUACAUGUGAGACGAGCAUGCAUCCUCAAGUCUCUGUGCGCCUACCUGAAUGAAGACCCCGAGAAACUUGUGAAGGAGUACAAGAACACAGACACUGAGGCAAAGACGUCCAUGGAGCAGACUGUCAUGGGAGUGUAUGUCGUUCAAGAGGAUGGUGGAGAUCCCAAGGAUGACCCAGUGGACAUUGGUGUCCUGAUUGAAGGCAUGGAGGUACUCAGUGAUUUGGACAGCGUUGCCCAAGCUUGUGCCUUGUUGUUUGGACUAAUAUACUGUUUGAACCUAAGCUACCCCCAAGAGCUUAGUUAUUUUUUCGAAGUCCUGCAGAAGAUCUUUCUCAAUCUGGAUGGGCAGAGGCUGUCAAAAAAGGCACAAUUUCUGAAAAACAAACUGCUGGAGUGAGGGAUCAUUAAAAGACUGAGAGAAAUCAUUCCUGUGUGCUCAGAAAGUUGCCCAUUGGACUUAUCUUUGUAUGGUUCACAUUAGGUUCGAAAAGUAUUUUAAAGGUUGCACUGUUUGACUUGAAUUUUUUAAGCCUAGAAGAGGCUGUAUUGUUCACUUUUAAUUGUUAAAGCUUAAAAUCUGCGUUUCAAUCAUUUGUGUGUUGGAAAUGCAUCCCUUGAGCAGUAAUCAGUAAAGCAGUAAAAAAUCAUUCAGCACUCAAACGUGCUAGUCCUUCUUUCUGAACCCCCCAAACAUACAUGCUAUACACAUGCUCACCCUGAUUUAUAAAAAUAGAGCUGACAUUGUAUUAAUAUAAAUGCUUUUAUCAAAAGGGGAAAAAAAUCAUUUCUCUAAUCUGCUUAAGCUCCACUUUUGCUGCAGAGGCUGAUAAAAGUUUGGCUAAACCUUUGCCAAAUGUUUUUAUUUUUGCAUUUGUUUCAGCUGUUUGAUUAUGCAUUUUCAUUUAUUUUUUUUUUUAAAUAACUCAGGCAGUGUUGGCACUUAGACACAUAAUAUUAUAAAAAUACAUAAAAAAAAACAAAAUUUUACAUUUUAUGUUUUCAUUGAUGUCCACUGACUUGAAGACAUGGUCAACUUUUCAGUUUGCAUUAACCUCAAUGACAGGUUAAAGAGCCCGAAUACAAUGUCAAAAGGCUGGUGUAUUGUUUCUGUUUAUGCCUUGUAUGUCAAUGUGAAAUUUGACUGUUUGAAUGUCAGCUAAUGGUUUUGAAAGUUU